AAGAGUUCACGGGCACAGAAAUUAUCACCGAAGCAUCCUUCAACGCACCACACAAUGGUCACCCCCAAAUCUCCCACCAUUUCCCUCCUCUUCUUCACCAUCUUAAUCCUCCAUGCCCAAAUCCAAGCAAGCUCAAUCAAAACUGUAGUUGUCCUUGUAAUGGAAAAUCGUUCUUUUGAUCACAUGCUGGGUUGGAUGAAGAAGAUGAACCCAGAAAUCAACGGUGUUAAUGGAACUGAGUGGAACCCAUUGAACACAAAGGAUCCUAAUUCAGACAAAUUGUUUUUCAAGCAGCAAGCAGAGUAUGUUGAUCCUGAUCCUGGUCAUUCUUUCCAAGCUAUAAGGGAGCAAAUUUUUGGGUCUAAUGAAACCUCCAUGAAUCCUCCUCCCAUGAAUGGGUUUGCUCAGCAAGCUUUCUCUAUGGACUCAUCUGGAAACAUGUCUGCUGAUGUGAUGAAUGGCUUUGAUCCUGAUAAGGUCGCUGUGUAUCAAACUCUGGUUUCAGAAUUUGCAGUCUUCGACAGGUGGUUCGCAUCCGUGCCGUCGUCGACACAACCGAACCGGCUAUACGUCCACUCAGGGACAUCAGCGGGAGCCACCAGCAACAUUCCGGCAUUGCUGGUGAAAGGUUACCCACAAAGAACUAUAUUCGAGAAUCUGGACGACGCCGGGAUAUCCUGGGGAAUAUACUACCAGAAUAUUCCCGCAACGUUGUUCUACAGGAAUCUAAGGAAGAUCAAAUACAUCGGCAACUUUCACUCAUACGAUUCGACUUUUAAACAACAUGCACGGCAAGGGAAGCUCCCCGGAUAUGUUGUGGUGGAGCAGCGGUACAUGGACACUAAGCAAGAGCCAGCAAAUGAUGAUCAUCCUUCCCAUGAUGUAUAUCAAGGCCAGAUGUUUGUCAAAGAGGUGUACGAGACGCUAAGGGCUAGUCCACAGUGGAAUGAAACUCUUCUCGUGAUCACAUAUGAUGAGCAUGGAGGGUUCUAUGAUCAUGUGGCCACACCAGUAAAUGGGGUCCCCAGCCCAGAUGGAAUAGUGGGGCCAGAGCCAUUCUUGUUCAAGUUUGAUAGGCUGGGAGUUAGGGUUCCUACCAUAGUGGUCUCGCCUUGGAUUAACAAGGGCACUGUUGUUCAUGGUCCUAAUGGGUCACCAUUUCCGACAUCGGAAUAUGAACAUUCAUCCAUUCCGGCAACGGUGAAGAAGCUCUUUAACCUGUCUUCACCUUUUCUAACUAAGAGGGAUGAAUGGGCUGGCACAUUUGAGGGUGUUGUUCAGACCCGGACUGAACCCAGAACUGAUUGCCCAGUGCAACUACCAACUCCAGUCAAGAUCAGGAAAGGUGACGCCAAUGAAGAUGCAAAGGUUAGCGAAUUCCAGCAGGAGCUACUGCAGCUAGCAGCAGUGUUAAAAGGAGAUAACAUGUUGACAAGUUUUCCUGAAAAGAUAGGGAAAGAAAUGACAGUAAAGCAAGGGAAGGAGUACAUGGAAGAUGCGGUGAGACGCUUCUUUGAGGCAGGACUCUAUGCCAAAAAAAUGGGAGUUGAUGAUGAACAGAUCGUUCAAAUGAGGCCAUCCCUCACUUCUAGAUCAUCUAAACCAACCAACUACAACCCAUAACAACAUAUUAUAUCAUACGACAGUUACAAAUGUAACUAUAGCAACAGAAAAUAAAAGCAAAUAAUGGUUUCUCCGUAUUGUAUGCAACAAAUGCCAGCGUUGUGUAUUGAAAAUCAAGCUCAGAUAUGCAGGAAGAACAGUAUUUAAAUCAAA